AUGGAGCCUGAGGUCUCGGAGACUGAGUUCUGGACUGAACUCCAAACGAUCGUCUCCAAGCCCUGCGACUCCGAAGAUUCGAUCGACGACGCCCUCCGAGCCUACCUGAGUCUAACGGCUCAACACAAAGAUGAAUACCUUCAAACAGAAACAGAUAUUUCGCGCUGUUCCUACAAACUCUUCGCAUCGAGCAUCUUCGCCACACACGCCGACUAUGUUAGACGCCAGAUUAUCUACGGCCUCUUGCAAGAAGAUGACCCGACAACCCUCCACUUCCUUGCCUCAUUCAUUCUCUUCGAUGGGCGGCAAAAUGAAAUCGUUCUUCGAAUGCUGAAUGAGGAAGGCGCGUUUGCGCGUCUUCUCGAGCUCAUUCAGGCCAUGCGGAGGGCCGAUAUGGAUGGUGAUGCUGGGUUACAUCGCCUGUUGAUGGAUCUUAUCUAUGAGAUGUCCAGGAUCCAGAGGGUCAAGAUUGAAGAUUUGGUUCUUGUGGAUGACGACUUUAUUCGGUGUCUUUUUGAUAUCAUUGAGGAUCUUUCUUAUGAUGUUACUGACCCGUACCAUUACCCCGUCAUUCGAGUGCUUCUGGUGUUGAAUGAGCAGUUCAUGAUUUCGGCUCAUGAUCCUAUCGAUGAUCGCCCUUCGGCACAUCUGACUAACAAGGUUAUCAAAAUCUUGUCUGCUUUUGGUGGCUUUUAUAAAACCUUUGGAGAGAACAUCAUUCUUCUGAUCAACCGCGAGGCCGAGACAUCAUUACAGCUACUGACUUUGAAGCUUCUGUAUCUGAUUUUCACUACUCCAAACACCUAUGAGUACUUCUUUACCAACGAUUUGCAUGUUCUGGUUGAUAUCUUAAUCCGCAAUCUACUCGACCUACCCGAGGAAGCAUCUGCGCUGCGACAUACGUAUCUUCGUGUACUUUACCCCCUUCUAGCACACACACAGCUAAGAAAUCCACCGCACUACAAGCGGGAUGAACUUCGAAGGCUGCUUAGUAUUCUUGUUCGCGGACAAGUUUCAUAUGGAAGUGACGCAGAACACGAGAAGAUCCUGCACUUCGAAGAGGUUGAUGAAACGACACGCCGGCUUGUCGGUCGAUGUGCCACGGUCGAAUGGCUACGCAGUACUGACCAGCCUGAUUCAGCCGACACGCAAGAGACACCUACCAAGGUUAUGUCGACUUCUAUUCAAACUGUCCUUGAUCAAGCUGAGCAUUCCGAGUCGCCUGCCGACAUAAUCGAGUCACCCGCAGAUAUCGGUGAAUCACUCGAAGUCACUCGCACAAUAUCGCGCGCAAGCACUGUUGCUAGUGUAUCAGAUACAGCAUCGCCGACGAGGGUGGAUUCUCGCGGCUCUUCCGAGGCACCGCGGAAGCACAGCCUAGUACAACGACUCGGAAUGAACCUAGAACCUGCAUCUGUAUCUUCGCUGAGUGUUCAGGCAGUCGCAGCACAGCACGAAAAGCCAGGCAUCAUGACUCCCAGCCGGAAAGAUGGUGUCCCAGCCGCCGCUCUCAGUGAUGAGACGCCAAUAAUCCGACCACCAAAGAUCAAGCCCGAACCUCCGAAAUCUCGCCGCUGGCGCGGGCGCCGUAUGACCGUGGAUGAGGAACAACAUCACUCAGCCGGUACAAGCAGCGAUGGCUACACCAUCCCCGAGGGCAUAGAAGUCAGCCCCACAACCACACAUACACCAGGCUCCCCAAUCCCCUCGUCACUCUCACACCCCGAUCGCCGCGACUCCGCCCCAGGCUCAGCCCUGGCGCCCACAGGUACCCAGCCGCGCCGCUCAGCCUCAAACCCGGCCCCAGCUCUCCCGCCACCUCGCCGCUCAGCACACACUACACCAAUUCCCAGUCAACACCGUCCUCCAGCACCGGUACCGGCAGCAGGUAAACAUGGCCAAGCGCCUCUUCCUCCAACCCCGCGACGCUGGGGCCGCGGCAAAGCACAGCAUGGACAAAGCGAUUCCGUUGAGAGCGGAGCCAGCAGUGUUAGUCCAUCCAAGGAACUCGAAAGCGACAGCACUCCCGCGCCCACACAGCUUGCUCAAUCCCAAUCCCAGUCCCAGUCUCAAUCUCAGGAAGGCAGUCCUCUCUCAGAUCCAUUCUCGCCAACCUCGCCAACAUUACUGGUCUCACCAGUCGAAUCUGGCGACAAUGACCCCGCGGACGCUGCGCCUAUCAGCGUAGAAGAAGCGGUUCAAAAUGUUUCUCUGCAUUGA